AUGAAGUUCGAACUUGCUCUAUCUGCCCUUUUGGCCGUCUCUUCCGUCACUGAUGCCAGUCCUGUUGAAUUUCUAAACAGAAAGAAGAAGCAAAACAAGGCCGCAGCUAGCGCCAGCUCUGUCUCGCACUCCGUCUCGCACUCCGUCUCGCACUCCGUCGCUGAACCAACCGCCACCGGUGAAAGCACUCUACGCGCAUCUAACGGCACUAUCAACAUCUUCGGUAACGCCACCACUCUGUUGAACGGGAACCGUUCUAACCGUACCGCUGUCGGUGGCGAGACUUUGCAAGUCAUCGUCGCUGGUGGUAAGGUCCCAAUCACAAACAGAACCGCUGGUUCCAACUACACAACCGUUUCGAACACUUCUCGUGCUUUGAACUCCACCGAGUUGUUGAACAUCGCCACUGACUUGAACUCCACUUUGGCGGAGAAGAACACCAAAGCUGGUGUCGUGGUCACAAACAGCAAGUCUGUCGAAGCAUUCGGUUUCUUGUCCUCUUUGCUGUUCAACACUUCAAAGCCAAUUGUCAUCUCUGAGGAUGCCGAUUUGGCCUCCAUCGUCGCCAACAGCACCGGUGCCGCUGGCCGUGGUCCAUUGGUCGUCAAGGACGACGGUCUAGUCUACUCCGGUUUGUUCUCCCCAACCACCGGUUGCGAAACCGAUUGCAGUGGUAUCCCAGUCGGUGCCGUUUCCGGUAACACCACCAACUUCUUCUUCCAGCCAUCCGUCGCCACUUUCUUGAGCGUCAACUCUACCAUCAGAACCAACUACACCAACUUCACCAACAUCGAGUCCUUGGCUUACUCGAGCCCAACUGUGCCAAUCCUAUACGACGCCGACUUUUCCGAGUACUUGGUCCAAGGUCUAGCCGCCGCCGUGCAAGGUUUGGUCGUCGUCUCAAGCAACACCACCUCCUCGACUUUGAACUCCUCCUCGAUCCCAAUCGUCUACGCUUCCCCAUCUGCCCCAUUGGUCAGCAUCGCCCAAGAGGACGUCCCAGCUGGCUCCAUCGCCGCCGGCUACUUGACCCCAGUCAAGGCCCAAGUCCUAUUGACCGUUGCCAUCGCCAACGGUGUCACCGACUUGGAAUCCUUGAAGGCUGUCUUCGCCAACUAA